GUUUUUACCAUCAAACAAAAAUAAAGGAAAAUAACAUUUGAUCAUGAAGUGUUAUGGAGAGAAUUAGCUGUAUGUAGUUUAUUUCUCGUAAUAUAUCGGUCGAACAUCUCUCUUUUACUGCGAUUCAUACAAUUUGUGCGUACACAAUCCAAUCCACACAGAUCGAAUUGAGAGAAAACUGCAUCACUGUCGAAGAUCACAACAAGUAGCUCGUCUGGUCUCAUUGUGCAUUUCACGUUUGCUCAAGCUGUUCAAUUUUGAGUCAUUUUUAGGGGCUCUGAGGAAUGAAUUUCUUGCUCCGAUCUGCUUCCUCCGCUACUCAUCGGCCGCCCGUGAGCGAACCACCAGCUACGCCGCCUCAGCCUCCCCGCGAGACAACGAAGCCCGGAGCGACUUUGGAGGGGCUAAUAGCCGAGGAGCCUUUCCCACAAUAUCCAUCAGUAGAAGAUCAUUUGGAUCGCGUUGCUGACGGAUCUGGAGACGGAGAGUUGAAUGCAAAGACUGGUGGCUCUGGCAUGGAGAGAUUCUCAGAUGUCUCUGAGGAAGAAGGAUGGAUCGCUAUUCCUUAUAAGGAAAUCCCAGAUAACUGGUCUGACUCAGUUGAUAUUCAUUCAUUACGGUCACUGGAUCGUUCAUUCGUAUUUCCUGGGGAGCAGAUUCAGAUUCUUGCGUGCUUAUCUGAAAGUAAAGGAGACACAGAGAUUAUUACCCCUUUUAAGGUUGCUGAGGUAAUGAGCAGGACUGGGCAGAGAAAGGUCUCUGACAAGCAAAAUGGAGAUAUGUCUGAUGGGACGAGUACACCGUCAGGGGAUGGAGAGAUGAGCCCUGAUGGUCAGUUUGCGACUCAGAAUGGUGACAGUCCUGGUAAAGAGAGUUUGGAUUCACAGAAGGACGUAUCUGAUGGCGAAUCGAUAUUGAGGAUGGAAGAUCACAAGAGACGAACGGAGGACUUGCUUUCCAGGUUUCAGAAGUCCCAUUUCUUUGUUAGGAUUGCAGAGUCUGGUGAGCCACUUUGGUCAAAGAAAAGCUCUCUGGUCGCAGAUGCAGAGUCAGAUGAACAGAGGAGAAGCGGCAAAAGGAGACCUUGUGUUAGUGCUUUUGUAGAUAGAGGAGACUUCGACCCUAAUGUUGCUGGAGGUGUAGCUAGAAGUAGGGCAAAGUGCUGUGCCUUACCCAAUGGAGACAUAGUGGUCUCUUUACAAGUUUAUAUUGUCGACUGUCCCAAAGAACCUAUCAUUGAGAUAUUGCAGUUUGAGAAGCAUCAGGACAGAGACAAGCUUUCUGAGAACGAUAAUGACUCGGAUCUUGAAAACAAGGAUCCAUGUGGGAAUCUUUUAAAGUGGUUGAUACCGUUGGAUAACAACACUAUGUCUCAGCAAUCCCGUUCUUUGCCACCUCCUAUAAGCUCUAACUCAGGUAUCAGCAGCUCUGCUCACAAACCAGCGCUCUCUUCUGCCUCAGGCUCACAACUCUUCUCCUUCGGCCAUUUUAGAAGCUACUCCAUGUCCUCUCUGCCUCCAAACACUGCACCAGUUACUGGACCCAUAAAACCCCCUAGCUCUAAACCACCGUUUGAUAUUGAAGAUUGGGACAGUUACUCAGGUCAAACACCACGAAACGGUCAGAAGUCUGGGACUGAAGAGCUCUUAUCUUUCCGGGGUGUCCCGUUGGAGCGGGAUAGGUUCUCUGUUCGUUGUGGGCUCGAAGGCAUCUGCAUUCCUGGUAGAAGGUGGAGGAGGAAACUCGAAAUCAUUCAACCUAUUGAUAUCAAUUCUUUCGCAGCUGACUGCAAUACAGAUGAUCUUCUCUGCGUUCAGAUAAAGAAUGUGGCUCCGACCCACACUCCAGAUAUUGUAAUAUACGUGGACGCCAUAACAAUUGUGUUUGAGGAGGCAGGGAAAAGUGCUUCUCCUUCAUCAGUACCAAUUGCAUGUAUUGAAGCUGGAAACGAGCACAGUUUGCCGAACUUAACUCUCAGGAAAGGUGAGGAGCACUCAUUCAUCGUGAAGCCUGCCUUUUCUGUUGGGAGUAAUCCGAAGGCCUCAGCUGCAAGAAAAGAAGCCAAAUCAUCGAGCUUGUCUCUUCCAGCUGUAAAUUUUGAAAGAAAAGGGAGCGGGUUAAGUGGUGAUCAGUAUGCAGUUAUGGUGUCAUGUCGAUGCAACUACACAGAAUCAAGGCUGUUUUUCAAACAACGGACAAAGUGGAGACCACGAGUUUCGAGGGACCUGAUGAUCUCUGUUGCGUCUGAAAUGUCAGGAGAGCCUUGUGGCCCUCAUGGGAGGGCCUCCCAGCUACCUGUUCAGAUUUUAACUCUUCAGGCAUCCAAUUUGACAUCUGAAGAUCUGUCUUUAACCGUUCUCGCUCCAGCAUCCUUCACAUCACCCCCGUCUGUUGUGUCCCUAAAUUCCACGCCUACUUCCCCUUUGAGCCCAUUCCUAGGGUUCUCUGAGUUCACAGAGAGGGUACAAAGCGAGAAACGCAACACAACGAUGCGUAAACUGCACUCGUUACCCCCAAUUCCACUGGAGACAAGGACAGAGAACACAAGUGGUGAAGUGAAUUCUAGUUCCUCCAAUCCUUCAGAUGUUGUUCCAAAGAGCGGCCUGGGUUGCACACAUCUCUGGCUACAAAGUCGAGUUCCCUUGGGGUGCGUUCCUUCGAAAUCUACAGCAACAAUCAAACUGGAACUACUCCCGUUGACUGAUGGCAUAAUCACUCUUGAUACUCUCCAAAUCCACGCCAAGGAGAAAGAGACGAAUAUGGCGACAUCGUUGUCUAAAAUCUUAACCAGAUCGAAAGCUAACAGCUACAGGUGCUCUACUACAACCAGUGUUUCUUCCCAGCCUUCCCUUCCGAUACAAUUUUGGUCACGACACUUCUCCGCCGUCGCCGACCCUUCCUUCUCUAGCUCCGCCGCGCUUGGUAGCCAAGCGAGUUCUUCUGCUCCACCUCAAGAUAACAAAAGAGGGUCGAAGUGGUCACAGCUUCUGUUGUUUUUGCCUGGAGCUAUUACCUUCGGGCUCGGGUCAUGGCAGAUCGUCAGAAGGGAGGAAAAGAUCAAAACACUGGAGUACCAACAACAACGGUUGAACAUGGAACCAAUGAAGCUAAAUACAGAACAUCCUCCUGAUAAGAAUCUGGAUUCCUUAGAAUUUAGACGGGUUAGUUGCAAGGGUGUGUUUGACGAGCAAAGGUCUAUCUUUUUGGGCCCACGGUCUAGGUCCAUAUCGGGAGUUACGGAAAAUGGAUUCUAUGUCAUUACACCUCUAAUGCCAAUCCCCGGUGACCUGGAUAGCAUGCAGUCGCCUAUUCUGGUGAAUCGCGGAUGGGUUCCUCGAAGUUGGAGAAACAAGUCACCAGAGACUGCGGAGGCUAACAUCGUUACAAACGAGUCAACAGAAGCUAAACCACGCUCCAAUGAACAAAAGUCCUGGUGGAAAUUUUGGUCUAAGACGCCAGUGAUUACCAAGGAGCAUGUAUCCACGAUUAAGCCUGUAGAAGUCGUUGGUGUGAUCAGAGGAGGGGAGAACCCAAGCAUAUUUGUUCCAGCCAAUGAUCCAAGUACCGGUCAGUGGUUCUAUGUAGACGUUCCUGCAAUGGCUCGAGCCAUAGGUCUUCCUGAAAACACAAUCUACGUAGAGGAUGUUCAUGAAGACAUAGAUCGGAGUAGACCGUAUCCUGUCCCCAAGGACAUCAACACUUUGAUCCGCAGUAAAGUCAUGCCACAGGACCAUCUCAACUACUCAAUAACAUGGUACUCACUCUCCGCGGCUGUCACUUUCAUGGCUUACAAGAGGCUCAAGCCAAAGUCUGCCCGCAGAUAAGCUUUAAAUGUUCAAAUCAAAUCUCAUUCUUUUUGUCACUUGUUCUGCUGAAGUAAUAAUUAGCAGUGGAUAAUGGCUUUUAGGUUAAACUUUUAUAAGAAAAAGUGACACAAUGAAAUAUUUUAAAUUAUUAUAUAAUGAGAAAAGGUUGUAGUUUUCUUUUACUAUGGUGGAAGAAAGUUCGAACUUGAAGCCAUUUGUGGGUAAAGACGGUUGGAAUGAAAGCUGCAGAUGGGAUCUUUGCCGCUUUUUUAUAUCGAUAUGGUAUAUUGUCAUCAUCUUUUUAAAUAAUAGUUGUCUAUCAAAAGUUCAAAGAGUUUCACAAAGCUGUUCAAGAUUCAAUACAAA